GACAAGAUCUUGUGAGCUAAAGUUUAGUAUCCAUUGAGGUGGCAAUUAAGUUUCAAACAUGCAAUUUCUUAAAAUAUUUUUGGUAGUUCUUUUUAUCAGCACAUUAGCUGCAGCCACGAACACAGGGGGUAAGGACAAAAAGAAAGAUGAAAAGUCGCCAAAAGAAAUCGAAAAUAAAGGUUCGAAAGCUGUUGCAGUAAAAGAUACUAAUAGCAGUGAAAGUAACGAGAAAUCCAAUGGAAAUCCUCAAACGAACGGAGCGAAAACCAAGAGUUGCAGCAAACCAGCUGAUUCCGAUAGUAAAACUAUUGGAAACAAAGCAAAGAGUGCAAGCAAGUCGGUUGAAAAAGCUCCCGUUAACAAAGGCAAGAGUGCUAGCAAGUCAGCACAAAAACCUACAGGCAACAAGGGAAAGAGUGCAAGUAAAUCAGGAAACAAAGCACCAGCUAAUAAUGGAAAGAGUUGCAGUAAAUCAGGAGACAAAGCUCCAGGCAACAAAGUAAAGAGUGCCAGUAAAUCCGGAAACAAAACACCAGUAAACAAAGGAAAGAGCGCUAGCAAGUCAGCACAAAAACCUACAGGCAACAAGGGUAAGAGUGCCAGUAAAUCAGGAAACAAAGCACCAGCUAAUAAUGGAAAGAGUUGCAGUAAAUCAGGAAACAAGGGCAAGAGUGCCAGUAAACCAGGCAAGCCAAAGAGUUGUAGCAAACCAGGAAACAAGGGCAAGAGUGCCAGUAAACCAGGCAAACCAAAGAGUGCAAGCAAACCAGUAAACAAGGGCAAGAGUUGCAGCAAACCAGGACAACCCAAAGGUGGCAAAUCUAAGAGUAAAUCGAAUGAAAGACGUCCAGAUAAUCAAAAACCAGGACCAUGUGGACCAAGACAAGUUUGGAACAUUAGAAAGAAUAAGUGCGUCUGCAAAGUUAUUCAGAGAUGUGCCUCUGCUGGUGCUCGUUUUGAUAGAAAUACAUGCGAAUGGGUUCGUCAGUAAGUUUCAACCAAUUUGAGAUUCAAUAAAUAACUUUAAUGUAAAUCAUUUUGCCAAACAAAUUUAGAACGACUUUAAAAUUAAUUCUUUAAAUCAUUUCUGAAUUUCUUAUUUUUGAAAAUGAAAAUGAAGCAGUUUGUAUUUAUAAAGUAAUUUUGUUUUGAUUUAAUUACCUUUGUUGAAAGUAAAGAGAAAUAAAGACAUUUUUUAAGCAUA